AUGAGCCCACUGCCAACAUGGGUUCACAACAUUGACAUCAUCAAACCCCGCGACAUCUGCCUGCUUAAUCAGCUGUCCAGAUGGCAGACUAUCCCCGCUCAGACUAUCCCCGCUCAGACUAUCCCCGCUCAGACUAUCCCCGCUCAGACUAUCCCCGCUGAGACUAUCCCCGCUCAGACUAUCCCCGCUCAGACUAUCCCCGCUGAGACUAUCCCCGCUGAGACUAUCCCCGCUCAGACUAUCCCCGCUGAGACUAUCCCCGCUGAGACUAUCCCCGCUCAGACUAUCCCCGCUGAGACUAUCCCCGCUGAGACUAUCCCCGCUCAGACUAUCCCCGCUGAGACUAUCCCCGCUGAGACUAUCCCCGCUGAGACUAUCCCCACUAUCCCCGCUCAGACUAUCCCCGCUCAGACUAUCCCCGCUCAGACUAUCCCCGCUCAGACUAUCCCCGCCAGACUAUCCCGCUCAGACUAUCCCCCUCAGACUAUCCCCGCUGAGACUAUCCCGCUGAGACUAUCCCCGCUCAGACUAUCCCCCGCUGAGACUAUCCCCGCUCAGACUAUCCCCGCUCAGACUAUCCCCGCUCAGACUAUCCCCCGCUCAGACUAUCCCCGCUCAGACUAUCCCCGCUCAGACUAUCCCCGCUCAGACUAUCCCGCUCAGACUAUCCCCGCUCAGACUAUCCCCGCUGAGACUAUCCCCGCUCAGACUAUCCCCGCUCAGACUAUCCCCGCUCAGACUAUCCCCGCUCAGACUAUCCCCGCUCAGACUAUCCCCGCUCAGACUAUCCCCGCUCAGACUAUCCCCGCUGAGACUAUCCCCGCUGAGACUAUCCCCGCUCAGACUAUCCCGCUGAGACUAUCCCCGCUGAGACUAUCCCCGCCAGACUAUCCCCCGCUGAGACUAUCCCCGCUGAGACUAUCCCCGCUCAGACUAUCCCCGCUGAGACUAUCCCCCGCUGAGACUAUCCCCGCUCAGACUAUCCCCGCUGAGACUAUCCCCGCUGAGACUAUCCCCGCUGAGACUAUCCCCGCUGAGACUAUCCCCGCUCAGACUAUCCCCGCUGAGACUAUCCCCGCUCAGACUAUCCCCGCCAGACUAUCCCCGCUCAGACUAUCCCCCGCUCAGACUAUCCCCGCCUCAGACUAUCCCCGCUCAGACUAUCCCCGCUCAGACUAUCCGCCAGACUAUCCCCUCAGACUAUCCCCGCUCAGACUAUCCCCGCUGAGACUAUCCCCCGCUCAGACUAUCCCCCGCUCCAGACUAUCCCCGCUCAGACUAUCCCCGCCUCAGACUAUCCCCACUAUCCCCGCUCAGACUAUCCCCGCUCAGACUAUCCCCGCCUCAGACUAUCCCCGCUCAGACUAUCCCCGCUCAGACUAUCCCCGCUCAGACUAUCCCCGCUCAGACUAUCCCGCUCAGACUAUCCCCGCUCAGACUAUCCCCGCUCAGACUAUCCCCGCUCAGACUAUCCCCGCUCAGACUAUCCCCGCUCAGACUAUCCCCGCUCAGACUAUCCCCCGCUCAGACUAUCGCUCAGACUAUCCCCGCUCAGACUAUCCCCGCUCAGACUAUCCCCGCUCAGACUAUCCCGCUCAGACUAUCCCCGCUCAGACUAUCCCCGCUGAGACUAUCCCCGCUCAGACUAUCCCCGCGCUGGAGACUAUCCCCCGCUCAGACUAUCCCCGCUCAGACUAUCCCCGCUCAGACUAUCCCCGCCUCAGACUAUCCCCGCUCAGACUAUCCCCGCUCAGACUAUCCCGCUCAGACUAUCCCCCGCUGAGACUAUCCCCGCCUCAGACUAUCCCCGCUCAGACUAUCCCCGCUCAGACUAUCCCCGCUCAGACUAUCCCCGCUCAGACUAUCCCCGCUGAGACUAUCCCCGCUCAGACUAUCCCCGCUGAGACUAUCCCCGCUCAGACUAUCCCCGCUGAGACUAUCCCCGCUGAGACUAUCCCCGCUGAGACUAUCCCCGCUGAGACUAUCCCCGCUGAGACUAUCCCCGCUGAGACUAUCCCCGCUCAGACUAUCCCCGCUGAGACUAUCCCCGCUCAGACUAUCCCCGCUCAGACUAUCCCCGCUCAGACUAUCCCCGCUCAGACUAUCCCCGCUCAGACUAUCCCCGCUCAGACUAUCCCCGCUCAGACUAUCCCCGCUCAGACUAUCCCCGCUCAGACUAUCCCCCCUCAGACUAUCCCCGCUCAGACUAUCCCCGCUCAGACUAUCCCGCUCAGACUAUCCCCGCUGAGACUAUCCCCCGCUCAGACUAUCCCCGCUGAGACUAUCCCCGCUCAGACUAUCCCCGCUGAGACUAUCCCCGCUGAGACUAUCCCCGCUGAGACUAUCCCCGCUGAGACUAUCCCCGCUGAGACUAUCCCCGCUGAGACUAUCCCCGCUGAGACUAUCCCCGCUCAGACUAUCCCCGCUGAGACUAUCCCCGCUCAGACUAUCCCCGCUCAGACUAUCCCCGCUCAGACUAUCCCCCGCUCAGACUAUCCCGCUCAGACUAUCGCUCAGACUAUCCCCGCUCAGACUAUCCCCGCUCAGACUAUCCCCGCUCAGACUAUCCCCGCUCAGACUAUCCCCGCUCAGACUAUCCCCGCUCAGACUAUCCCCGCUCAGACUAUCCCCGCUCAGACUAUCCCACAGGUGAGGAAGCCAGAUGUGGAGGUCCUGGGCUGGCAUGGUUACACGUGGUCUGCGGGCCUCCACAUGGCAGAGUCCAUUCAACUCCAUCGACACAAAGCUGACUGCCACGGCAGCCAUCACAGUAGCGUCAUCAUGGCUGAAGGAAACUACAAGGGGAACUGGCUUCCAAACCAGAGGGUCAUCAUGGCUGAAGGAAACUACAAGGGGAACUGGCUUCCAAACCAGAGGGUCAUCAUGGCUGAAGGAAACUACAAGGGGAAUUGGCUUCCAAACCAGAGGGUCAUCAUGGCUGAAGGAAACUACAAGGGGAACUGGCUUCCAAACCAGGGCCAUCAUGGCUGA